AUGGUCGGUAUUAGUCAAAAGAGCGGGCGACUUCACUGCCGUGGGGAUUUAGGAAGGGAUCCUGAUGAUUUCUUGCCUGUUUGUUGUGUUGAUCUUCCUAAGAGUGCUGGUUGUUUAAGGUGGCAUGUUGUUGCUUCAUUAUCCCAACACCACAAGUCGAACGAAAGGGAAGAAUCAUGCUUUACAGCUUGUAUCUCCUGCAACCUAGGUAGCUCCAUCGAGGUUACCCCUUUUAAGCCAUCGACUAAUCCUGGCUGCUCACUAGAUCUAAAAGGUAGGAUUGAAGAUGCAGUUUAUAGCCUCAAAACAUCAACUGAAUUAUUGAAGGUUUUGAAUCGUAUUUGGAGCUUGGAAGAAUAGCAUGCAUCUAAUGUAUCUGUAGUUAAAGCAUUGAAAGUGGAGUUGGAACACGCAAGGCCGCACAUUCAGGAGCUGAAGCAAGAGAAAAAGGGCCUAGAUAAAGUAGUUAGGAAGAACAAGGAGAAAGAUAGGAUGAAAGCUGCUGUUCAGUCCAUAAGAGAAGAGCUAGAUGAUGAGAGGAUUUUAAGAAAACGGUCAGAGAAUUUGCAUCGUAAAUCGAAGGAGUUAUAUUAAACAAAAACUACAUUAUUGAAGGCUCUUAAAGAUCUAAAAAAUGAUAGGAAAUCAAAUUGUUUGUUAGAGGAUCUUUGUGAUGAGUUUGCAAAGGGAAUUGGGCAGUAUGAAAAAGAAAUAAGAGAGGUUGAUGGUUUACUGCUUUGUAUAUCUGAAGUAUGGUUGGAUGAGAGAUUACAGAUGCAAAUGGAUGAAUCUUGCAGCGAGCAGGCUAAAAAUGGUACCAUAUUAAGCAGAUUGGAAGAUGAAAUUGUUUCAGUUCUUCAAAGAUGGGGGAAUGAACGGCAGGGCGUUCAGCUUGUUCGUUUGCAAGGGAGCAGACGAAACGAACGUGAGUUCUUCUAUGUGCUUGGGCUGGACAUCGAUUCUGUUUCACGUGAGGAGCCGAAGCAGAGGAGGGGAUCUGGCCUUCUCCGAUCGGGUUUCUUCACGCGUAGAGGAGGAGGCUUAGUCGACGGAGAUGGUGCUCACGUGUGGAACAUGGAUCUCGCCAAACCUGAGCCGAACGACCGUUCGCAGAAGGAAGCUAGGGCAGAGGAUUGGCGAGCAGAAUCCUGA